AUAAGAUUUGACCGUCUUUUGAACUUACUUAAUUAAAUCAAACUUUUAUACCAUGUGAACUGCCAGAGUUUGUACAUUAUAAACAUGGAGUACGAAACAUUGUUAAUCCUCAUUGUUAUAGGCGUAAAUGCUAUGGGAAAUGCGGAAGGCGGCUGUCCAACAGGUUUUGUGACUCAUGGUGCCUCCUGUUACCACUUUAGUCACGACACAGAGUCUUGGAUAGGUGCAAUGAACACCUGCAGAGAACUAGAUAGUCAUCUCGUCGAGAUCAAUGACGAAAGUGAAAAUAAAUUCCUAGAAUUAAGUGCCAAACUUCUGAAAACGGUGUACUGGAUUGCUCUAUCAGAUAUUCGCGAAGAAGGAACCUGGGUCUGGAUGAACAGCCAUGAGACUUUAACAUCCACAUCAUUUACUGAUUAGAGUCCAGGACAACCAAAUAAUGCCAACUCGGACGAGAACUGUGCCUGUCUACGUAAUCAUGCGGGAACUUGGGAAUGGUUUGACUACUCAUGUCAUAGCAACAUUCACUAUAUAUGUGAAAAACCGGAGGCAUCCAUAGACGUGAUUGGCUAGAACCAACUGUUACAGUAGAUGAUUUAUCUUAAUAAUUAAAGUCAAAAGAUAUUUACAGUCUAUGCAUUUUUAGGCAUAUACUCAAGACUUUCUAAAACUUAAUUUUAAAUUUUAAAGUAAUGUAAAACUG